ACAUCACAAGUCAUUCCUCAUUCGUGGCACUAGACCAAUCGCGAGUGAAAAAUGAGCAGCGGCGGCGGCAUUGGGUGCUCGGGGAGCGGUGACGGCGACGGUGGCAUGGUGGCGCCGUUCGUGGCUAAGACGUACGCGAUGGUGGACGACCCGGCGACGGACGCCGUGGUCGCGUGGGGGCCGGCCAGCAACAGCUUCGUCGUCGCCGACCCCUUCGCCUUCUCGCGCGCGCUGCUCCCGGCCCACUUCAAGCACGCCAACUUCUCCAGCUUCGUCCGGCAGCUCAACACCUACGGCUUCCGCAAGGUGGACCCGGACCGCUGGGAGUUCGCGCACGCCUGCUUCCUCCGCGGCCAGACGCACCUCCUGCCCCGCAUCGUCCGGCGCCGGAGCGGCGGCAAGCGUGGCAAGGAAGACGCCGACGAGGAGGAUGAAGACAUCAGCAGCAAGAUGCUAGCCAUGGAGGUGAUCCGGCUGAAGGAGGAGCAGCGGGCCACCGAGGACCGCUUGGCGGCGAUGUGGCGCCGGGUGCAGGACGCCGAGCGCCGGCCCAAGCUGAUGCUCGCCUUCCUCCUCAAGGUAGUGGGCGACCCCGACGUGCUGCGCCGCCUCGUAGGCAACUCGGGUAGCGACGCCGGAUUAUUCCCAGGCGAGCGCACGGACGCCAAGAGGCCGCGGCUGCUUCUCGACGGGGAGGUCCAGGUGGGCAAGAAGAAGAUGCGCGCCGACGGCGACGGGAUGUUGCGCGGCAUCAACCGGCAGGAGGCCUUCGUGCGGGAACCCAGGGUCGACUUCACUGGGUUCUACACCGGAGACGACGGGUUCAGCGACGUGCCGGUGGUGGACGACCCGCCGUACGCUUUCAGUGUGGACAGCGGCUACUGAUCAAGUACCUGCCUGUUGGUUCGGCUCGUGUUGCUAUCUCCGGCUGUCCGCCGACACGUCUGUGUACUGUACGUAAUACAUAGAGAGUUUUUGUUUUUCUAGAUGGCGCGGUAGGCGUACUUUGUGGCAAACUACUUUGUUUUUUUAGAAAAGGGGGACAUCCCCGGCAUACGGCCAUCUUUAUUAGCAAGAAAAUAGGGUCAAUAAUAGUCUUAAAAUCUCAAAAGCUGCUCACAAAGAGCUAAGGAAUAAAAAUAAAAGCCACAACCGGCUGGCAAAAGAAGGAUAGGAAAA